AGAGAGGAGAGAUAGUCUUGAAACACAGCGAAUCGAAAGGAGAGAUAGAUAAAGGUUGCAAGUCAACAGAUUACGUGUGGGAAUCGAAAGGAACCCUAACAAUUCAAGUCUCUCUAAUUUAUAUAAUACUAAUUUCCUCCAAUCCCCAGAAAACCAUAAUCAUUUCCUUUCCUUGUCUGAGAUCAAUCGCAGUGAGAAUUCCGCCAUGGCCAAAAGCUCGUUCAAGCUUGAACAUACUCUGGAAAGGAGGCAAGCAGAAGCUAGUCGUAUCAGGGAGAAGUAUCCUGACAGAAUUCCGGUGAUUGUGGAGAAGGCUGCAAGGAGUGACAUUCCUGACAUUGAUAAGAAGAAAUACCUUGUCCCUGCCGAUCUCAAUGUUGGGCAAUUUGUUUAUGUUGUUCGGAAGAGGAUCAAGCUCGGUGCAGAAAAGGCUAUAUUUAUCUUUGUCAAUAACACACUCCCUCCUAAUGCUGCUCUGAUGUCUACAAUUUAUGACGAGAACAAGGACGAGGAUGGAUUUCUUUACUUGACCUACAGCGGAGAGAAUGUCUUCGGUUCCUUUUAAGAGCAAGAAUGAUUGUAAAUAGAACCGAGCAAAUGUAAAUUCUUGGCAUUAGAAUUUCAAAGUAUGUUAAUGAAUGGUUUAACUCCAGUUAUCUGUUUUAUCUCACGGUCGGAAAUCAGAAUUGGGUUUUUAUUUUUA